AGAAUUAUUUUCAAUACCUAAAAAAGCCAUUUCAAAACAAGGUUCAUGUACCUCCAAGAAAGAUACUACAUCUACAAGCAAAAAAGUACUCACGUUCUUAGAUAAAAAAAAUACGUCUAUAGUUAAGAAUAACAGAACUCAUAAUGAUCAGAACAAAAUUAACGAGAGUUAUAAACUUGAAGACAAUUUUAAUAAAGUAUUUAUGAGUAGCAAUACUGAUAACUCUCAAAUACAAUACUCAAAUUCUCAGUUAUUGGGCUCUCGAUCUCAUUCAAGAUCAAGAUAUUCUUUGCCAAGACAUUCUUGUUCUCAUUUAUGA